AUAUCAUUUUACAUACUGGUAACUGAUCUCAUUUCCCUCAUGCAGAUUGGCGUAGAUACCAUUCCAGUGCUUGUUGGCCCUGUUACAUACUUGUUGCUCUCAAAGCCUGCCAAGGGUGUUGAGAAAACUUUCCCUCUUCUAUCUCUUCUGGACCAAAUUCUUCCUAUCUACAAGGAAGUAAUUGCUGAGUUGAAGGCAGCUGGUGCUUUAUGGAUUCAGUUUGAUGAGCCCACUCUAGUGAUGGAUCUUGAAUCUCACCAAUUGGAAGCCUUCACUAAGGCCUAUGCUGAACUUGAGUCAAGUCUGUCUGGACUUGAUGUUCUUGUUGAGACCUACUUUGCUGAUAUCCCCCGGGAUGCAUUUAAAACCCUUACCUCUCUGAAGGGAGUUACUGCUUUUGGUUUUGACUUGGUACGUGGCACCAAGACUUUGAAUUUAAUAAAAAGUGGAUUCCCUUCUGGAAAGUACCUGUUUGCAGGAGUGGUUGAUGGACGAAACAUUUGGGCUAAUGAUCUGGACACAUCUCUCAUCACCCUGAAGUCUCUAGAAGGCAUUGUGGGGAAGGAUAAGCUUGUUGUCUCCACAUCCUGCUCGCUUCUCCACACUGCUGUCGAUCUGAUUAAUGAACCUAAGCUGGACACAGAAAUUAAAUCAUGGCUUGCAUUUGCUGCCCAAAAAGUUUUUGAAGUAAAUGCUCUGGCAAAGGCAUUGACGGGUCAGAAAGACGAGGUAUACAUCUCAGUUAUUGUCUUUUGAAAUACAAAACCAGAU